AUGAAUUUCAAAACAACAACUGCUACCACUGCUACCAACUCUUCAACACCUCUCUGUCUCUCCGAUGUGAUCAUUUCUUCUCAAGAUGCUGGUCUCGGAUUCUUAUGUGCAUGUGUGGGUGGAAUUUUAGGAGUUGUCUUUCUCGUCCCAACGCCUCUCUUGACCAAACUCCUUCAUCGUAAAACAUUGUGGAAAUUUGAAAACUCUUGGAUUCAAGUCUCUUUCUUUGCAUUGGUGUUUUGGCCUCUGGUGGCACUCUUUUGUCAAGGUCUUGUUCCAUUUUCCUCACUCGAAUAUUAUUUCACCAAUUCUUCAGUGAAUAAUGGAACGUCCACUCUUGUCUCGUCGAGUAUUUCAGCAGCAACAAUUUCAUUUACUACUACUACUAGUAGUAGUAGUAGUAGUGGUAUUAAUAAUUCAACAACAUCGGGUGGUACGAAUACUACUUUGACAGGUCCUCCUCAAGUUUCCAUGUUUCAAACAGAGGAUUGGGUGAGUGUGAUCAUUGCACAUUGUUUUUGGGUCUUGUUGAGUUUUUCAACAUGGGCUCUUGCCACCGAAUGGAUUGGAUUUGGAUGGAGCACUAAAAUAGUCUAUGGAGUGGGUGUCUUCUUUGUGGUGAUGGCUCAUUGGAUUGCUGGAACGGAUAUUGAUUAUCUUUGGGAUGAAACUACUUUGCAAAUUCCAAAUAAUCUCUCUGUUGCGUAUCAUUUCUAUGUGAAUAGUUCGAAAGGAAUUGUGUAUUGCAUUGCAGUUCCAAUCAUGUUAAUUGGAUUAAUUUCAUUGGGAAUUGCCUAUGUGUUUGUGGAAAGAAAUACUCGUGAACAGAGAAGUGAAGAAGAAAUGAAUUCUGGAAGUGGAAGAGAACACAUGACAACUGCUGUGAAUUGGACAGAAGUUGCCAAAAAGGAAGCAGAUAGUAAUAAGAAUGUCACAAGAACGGUCAAGAUGAGAGUGGUCAUGAAAUUUUAUAUUGCCAUGUUUGUCACCAUUUUAGCUUCAAUUUUAUACUUUUUAUACGAAGGAGCAUUCUUGGCCAAUGUCACAAAUCAUUCAUUUUCACUCUUGACCAAAUUACAGAAAGUGAAAAAUCCUCGUGAUCCAUCCUCAUCCAUCCCUCCAUUCAAUCAAUUCCAAUCCAAGGUUUUCAUUAAUGGAAUUUCAUUUCCCAUUUCAUAUUGUUUUGUUUUCAUUGCAUGUGUCUUGUUAUUACUAUACAAUCGAACCAUUAAGAAAAUGGCUCUUUGUUCAGGUGGAUGUGUUUGCAUCUCAGGUCAGAACAUUCGAGUGUAUCGAAUUUUAGGAUUAAUUUCUUCCUUCUUUCAAGGAUUGUUUUGGUAUGGAAGUAUUUUACUUUUAAAUUAUUCCGAAUACUUGUAUAAGGGAAGAGGAAGUUUUCCAAUAUUGGUGUAUUCAUUCUUUGCAAUUAUUACGUCCAUCAUUUGUGGAUUGAGUUUUUUAGAGUUGAAAGGAACAUUAUUUCCUGAACGAGUGGUGAUUGGCAUUUCCUAUGUUUGCAUUCUGGCUUCCUUAAUCAUGUUGUCCUAUGCUGCAUUUCCUUCUCAUUUCAUAAAUUUAAUUGGUGCAAAUUGUUAG